UAGCAUCAAUGUUCACAAAUUCUAGAACACAAUUUCUGCUCCAGUCUACGUACAGAUCUGGUGGCGUCAAGAUCGUUAUUUUAAAUGUUUAUUCGGUAUAAAUUGUAAGAAAUUUUGUUGGUGUUUCAAAAUAUCGUACCGUAUUAUCUGUACAAUCAACUGAUAUGAAAGAAAACAAUUCGGUGAUGCAUCUGUUUUCAGUGAUUUACUAUUUGGUUGGAAUCACUCUCAUUAGUGCCAGAUUCCUGCAAUCACCUUGUCCAGAGGUGUUUAGCUACCAGUUGGAUCCCAACACAAGGCAGUAUUUUGGUCGCAUCGAAGUAGAUGAUAUUAAACCACGAAAUAUAGCCCGGCUGAAUGUUGAUCUAUCCAUUGGGAUGGAACUGCCACCAAAACUAGUAGGUUCAAUCGCCUUGGUGAAAUCUCGCCAAGCAACGAUCGAAGAUAUUAUCAGUGGCCAACCGGCACAGUACCGAGUCACCUUUCCACUGCCGAACCUUUUACCCACGGUGCUAUCGAUUGCCCUAAACGAUCGGAUUAUUUGCAGAGGCUAUCGAGCAGCGGGACGAGUUUUAACCGCCAUCAAUUUAGAACAUACUCUGUACACUCAGCUGCACUCGCAAAAAUUGUCACAAAAAGGCAAAAAUUUGCAUCUCGAGGAAUCUGAGUCCGAAUUGAUAACGAGAUUUCAAGAGCCCUUGUUUCCACAGUCUGUUCCAAACCUGUUGGUCAGACCAGCUACAGAACGUACCAGCGUCGCGGCACCAACGUCGCCCAAUAAAUCCAUCUGUGGUCGUCAUUCCAGUGCGUUCUUAAAACGAUACACCUUGAACGGUGAACUGGUGGACAAGGGUCAAUUUCCUUGGAAUGUGCCUCUAUUUGAUCGCACACAGCUACGUAACCCAAAGUACAUGUGUGGCAGCACAAUCAUCACCAAAAAGCACCUCAUCACGGCAGCUCACUGUGUGUACGAGAUCGACAAUUUCAUCGAACCGGAAAGACUGCUCGCAAUACCCGGGAUGUACAACAUUGACAACUUCUUCGAAGAGAACGCACAGUUUUCCUACGUCGAAGCCGUCAUUCCGCACGAUGAGUACGAACACGAAGAAGAUCUGAGCGAUGCCGAUCUGGCAGUUUUGCGGCUCAAGAAAGAGUUGGUGUUCAACGAUUACGUAGUACCCAUCUGUCCGUGGCAGGGAGAAAACGACCUGAGAAGCAUCGUUGGCCAGGAGGGGUACCUUGCAGGAUGGGGAGUAACCGAACGGGGAGUUACUGCGGUUCCUACCUACAUCAAAACGACCAUCGUCAGCAGGCGCCAGUGCAAUGUGAACCUGGAACGAAUCUACCCAAACAAUGCACGGAUAUUCUGCGGUGACGGUCGGGGUUCAACGCCUUGCAACGGAGACUCGGGCAGUGGAUUGGUACUGAAGCGAGGAAAUCAGUACUACCUGCGGGGUAUCGUAUCGAGGGGAUUGGUCGAUCCCAGUACGCUCAGGUGCGAUGUGACGAAGUAUGCCGUUUACACCGAUAUCGCACUGUUUCGCUUUUGGCUGAAGAGUGUGGUUGGGUAAUGUGAAUGAGAUCAGUUUAGUUUAUGUGGUUCAAGUAUAUGUGUGUUAUAAUGUUAAUUUUCUGAAGCGUG